UGCAUCCGUUCAGUACUGCGCUUACCUCAUCACUGAUAAAUUUAUCUUUUUAUUUUUCGGAAUGUAACAUAUAGUUUUCAAUGAUCAAUUUUCAGUAAUAUUUUCAUUGAAUUUAUGUGAACGUUUUAGUCUAAACAUACCAUGAGAGACUCGACUAAUUUCUCUGCUGUGCAACAAAUAUGCACACUGGUCGUGGUUCUCAGCUUUGUUCACAUUGCGUUUAUUUCUAUUUAUUACCUGAGGAAUGUAGAUAUAAGCGUUUCGUUUCUGCAGUUCCAGCAAGAGCAGCCGUCCGUCCCCGACCAAACGGAGCGGACUUCCAGCAGCAGCAGCAGAGGAGCUGCAGCAGAGCUCGGAACCCCGGACCCCUCCGUCACGGUCACGCCGGCGCCAGUAGAAAAGCUCUCCGCUCUUAACAAAAGCGCUCCGCCGACUGACGCCAAACUGGACAGGUGUCCGGACCCGCCGCCUGCUCUUGUGGGUCCACUAAGGAUUGAGUUUUCGGAUCCAGUCAGCAUGGAUACCAUCAGAGCAGAGAACCCCAACUUGCGGGAAGGGGGCCGCUACAAGCCCAAAGACUGCAUCGCCCUGCAGAAGGUGGCCAUCAUCAUCCCCUUCCGUAAUCGCGAUGAGCACCUCAAGUUCUGGCUUUACUACCUCCAUCCCAUCCUGCAGCGCCAACAGCUGGAUUACGGCGUGUACGUCAUCAACCAGGAUGGAGAAUUAACAUUCAACCGAGCUAAGCUCUUCAACAUUGGCUAUGUGGAAGCACUGAAAGACUAUGACUAUGAGUGCUUCAUCUUCAGCGAUGUGGACCUGAUACCCAUGGAUGAUCAUAACAUCUACAAGUGCUCCAGCCAACCCCGUCACCUCUCUGUUGCUGUAGACAAAUUUGGCUUCAGCUUGCCCUAUACCCAGAUUUUUGGAGGAGUCUCAGCUCUCACUAAAGAGCAGUACCUGCAUAUCAAUGGCUUCUCCAAUAACUACUGGGGCUGGGGUGGUGAGGAUGAUGACAUCUACAAAAGGUUGGCUUUCAAGGAGAUGUCCAUCUCCCGGCCUGAUAGCAUAGUGGGAAGAUACCGAAUGAUCGUCCAUCACAGAGAUGAGAAGAAUGAACCCAAUCCUGAGAGGUUUAAUAGACUCGGGCGCACCAUAGAAACAAUGAACGAGGAUGGCGCCAACAGUUUGGUGUACCAAGUUGUCAGAGUGGAGAAAGACCAACUGUACACCAAAGUUACAGUGGAUGUGGGGAAGCCUGCAUACUAGCACAUUACAUUGUAAAAAACAUCCUCACCUCAACCAUUGAUAACCUAUGGACAGGGUUUGCGCCAUAGCAUUUCCCUUUUACAUUGUGAUAUUUGCAACAAACAAGCUGUAUAAACUCCACUUCUACUUCGGUGACAUCAAGUUACACUGAUAGUAGUGCCUUUUUACAACUGGUAAUAGGGUCAUAAAGUGUAAAAAGAUGACUUAUAAUGACACUUACUCAUUCAUGUGAGGGUUGCAAUCAACCACAGCCUAUCUUGGAAUCACAGGAACUAGGGUAGGAGGAGAAUACCCUGGACAGGAUCCUAGCCCAUUGCAGGACAGCCACACACAGCCACAGCCACAGCCACAGCCACA